CUCAAAUCCUUCAGUUGCUUCUAUCCCACACUCAACGCCUUUACACGACCUUGCCAGAUCAUCCAGGCCCAGCGCCUGAUCCCUCCUACUAUACACCUUCCAGAAUAUAACUCUCAUUGGGCAUCAUCGUCAAUAGCUGGCCAUGGCGGCGACGGUGUCAACGCGUCUCCUGUUAUCUUCCGCACCAGCCGUGACAACGCGCUGUCGCCUCACCCCGAUUGCCCGCCGCGCAAAACCGAUACCUUUCCUUCUCACCCGCGCAUCGCCGGGGAGCCCGACUCCCUUCCUCCGAUCCUCCCCGGCCACUCAGCGCUUUCGCCGCGCCGCCGCGCAACAACUUUCCGCCAAACACGCCACCAGGCGCGGCGGUGCGCUCACCGCGCGAUGCGAUCUCACCGGCGGCGCGGGCCUGGGCCCCGACGGGCUCGACGCGCUUGUAACCGCCGUGAAAUCCGUCGGCGACGUGGGGCCGCACGACGUUAACUCGCUAAUGACCCUCGCCCUGGGACUCGGGUUACCCUGUAACGUCAUGGAGUGCGGCGACGCGAUCUACAUGUCGACGCUCCCGCACACGCAUCACCUGACGGCGGCCGGCGUGGCGAUUCUCCUGAACGUCGGCGCGUACCUCUGGGCCACGCCGGGAGUCGCGGCGGGCUAUUGGGAUAUGUUCGUCCUCGCUAAGAUCGACCGCUUUUUCCGCAAAUCGUACAAGAAGUCGGAUCUCGUGCUUGGGAAGAAGAUCGGCGAGGGCGGGUUCGGAUCGGUGUACCUCGCGACGCUCGCGAAGGAUCCGGGUUACCAGGUGAUCGUGAAGCGCGCCACGGAGUUCGGUGACGUGGAGCUCUGGAUGAACGAGCGCGUGCGGCGCGCGUGCCCCGACGUGUGCGCGGAGUUCCUGGGCGGGUUCAUGGAAAAGGCGGGAAAGAAGAAGACUGGCUGGAUGGAUCCAUCGUCUUCUGCCGCUGCCACGUCGGACGAGGUGUGGCUGGUGUGGAAGUACGAAGGCGACUCGACGUUUGCAGAUGUCCUCGUCGACCGCGACUACCCGUACAACAUCGAGCAGACGCUCUUCGGCAAGAACGCGCCGGUGGACGAGCCACGUGGCCCCGAGAGAGAGCUCCAAGUGGCACGGGAGAUCAUGCGGCGGCUGCUGACGUCUCUGGAGAAGCUGCACAGCCAGGGCAUCGUGCACCGCGACAUCAAGCCCGAGAACAUGAUCUACUGCAAGGACAAGGGCGCGCUCAAGAUCAUCGACCUGGGCGCCGCCGCCGACCUGCGAGUGGGGAUUAACUACGACCCCGACCAGUACCUGCUGGACCCGCGCUACGCAGCGCCAGAGGAGUACAUCAUGAGCACCCAAACACCCAGCGCGCCUCCCGCACCUGUCGCCGCUGCUCUUGCACCCAUCCUCUGGCAGAUGAAUCAUCCCGACCGCUUUGACAUGUACAGCGCGGGCCUCAUGUUCCUCCAAAUGGUCUUCCCUGCCUACCGCUCCGACACCGGGCUCGCGUCCUUCACCCGCCAGUUCAAGAAGCUCGACUACGACCUCAAAGCCUGGCGCGAAAAGCUCGAAACCCGAGCCACGGCCGACGACAUGCGGCGCCUGGAGUUGCUAGACGAGAACGGCGGCCAUGGCUGGGGGUUGUUGGAGGCUAUGUUGAGGAAAGAAGGGCGGAAGAGGAUCAAUGCGAAGGCGGCGCUUGCACACCCAUUCUUCCAUAUGCGGGAGGCGAGGCUGCUGAAGGAGAUCAGAAAUGGGCUGUUUGUGCCCAAGCCUGCGCAUUUUGAGGGCGAGGAGCCUGAGGCCUGGGUGACGGACCUGAUGGCUAGGUCUGGCACGCAGGAGGCUGGCGGGUUCACGGAAGUUUCCCUACAAAUGUUCAAGAGGAAUGAGCGGCGGCAGCAGCGCAAGAACAGGAAGCGCACGGACCCGUCGCCCGCAGGGACAACUGAGAGCUCUGGAAGCACGGGGCACCGAGACACGUCGUGGUGGAACGUGCUCGAGUCACAGCGGUGAAGGUUGGAGGUCAAGUAGAUUGGUGGAGGAACAAUCACGUGUGGUGGAUCGUGCUGGAGGCAUAGGAGUGAAAGCGGGGGUUAAAAGUUGUUAGGCCAGCCUGCCUUCGUCGUCCUGCUCUGCUAAGGGGGGUGCUCCCAGGUAAGGCAAGCAAGUCCUGGAGCUAGUUUUUAAACCUGUGACCAUACCGUCCUCUCUACCUUGUAUAGCCAGCCUUGUGCCUGGGGUGUUUGUGGUGCCUGCCAGGCAGUCUCCAGUGUAUGCAGUAUGCACUACAAUAUAUGUAAGGUUUAUUG